UGUAUAAUCGUGUGCUCAAAUUUUCAAAGAUCAGUUUGAAUCCGCCAUGAAAACUUGCAUGAAAAUAUUCUGUUCGCUGGCCGUGCUGGCGAUCUGUGUGCUGCGAGCAACACACGCGUCCCUAGAAACUGAAAACAGUGAAGUGAAUAAUUUGUCCAAUCACAAACUAAGCGGAGUUAUACAGUGGAAAUAUGAGAAGCGUCCUUUUUGCAAUGCCUUCACCGGUUGCGGACGCAAACGAACAUCAUACCCCUCCUAUCCGCCCUUUUCGCUCAUCAAGCGCAACGAACUCGAGGAAAAGCCGUAUAAUAAUGAAUACUUGUCAGAAGGUCUGAGUGAUCUGAUCGAUAUAAAUGCCGAACCAGCUGUCGAGAAUGUGCAAAAGCAAAUCAUGUCUCAGGCCAAAAUAUUUGAAGCCAUCAAAGAGGCCAGCAAGGAGAUCUUCAGGCAGAAGAAUAAACAGAAAAUGCUGCAAAAUGCUGCGCAGCAACGAAAUUUGGAGGAGCGCGAAAAUAUAUAAACGGGCUGAAAACAUAUACCGAUUGUUCAUGUAAAUACGUAUCU